CCUAUUCUGACAACCGCGAGGGUGGUCACCCGUGAGUGUGUGGCUGCUGGGGGCGGUGUGCUUGUCUACGUGGAGAAACUAAUCAAUGGGUUUCUGGACUCCUUCUCUACCAAGGAGAACGCCUGCUCACACGGAGCGUCCGAGCGAGCCCUCGAGUACCUCUACUGCCGAAGCUCGGAGAGGUCUCGUAGACUGGCCGUCCAUCUCGCCGCGAUGGCGGGGCAUGUCCACGUGUUGCAGUGGCUUGUAGAACACCACCCCGAUGACUUUUCUAACCUGAGAGCGGGGUGCCUUAGCCCGAUCGACCGCGCCGCGCAGCACGGACACCUCGACGCAGUCAUCUGGCUGUUUGCCAACUGCUUCGAGGGGUACAGCUCGGCCACCUUCGCACUGGCCGCUCAGUGCGGCCACGUCGCGGUCCUUCGGUGGCUGCACCGCUACAGCUCCGAACCGUGCACAAGCGAGGCCAUGGUCGGUGCCGCAGCGCACAACAAACUCAAGGCCGUGAAAUGGCUACAUCGUCAUGGUCGCCACAGUGAUGCCCACGCCGCGAUCCUCAAAGCCGCUGAGCUCGGGCAUGUGCCGGUGGUGGCGUGGCUGUACCGACACGGCAGUGAAGCGGACGCCUUGCAGGCGAUGCUCAUAGCUGCCGGCAAUGGCCAAUUAGCCGUGGUCAAGUGGCUG